CUUCCACCGCCAGGUGGGCCAACCGGAGCGCCCGUUGCAUGGCGGGGGUUAAGGGAGAGCGGCCAUUUUGAGCGGAGCCCGGAACGGAGCCCCGAUGGCCGGGCAACGGCGACCCUGCGGCCGGGACUGAGCGCGCCAUGGAUGUGCGGAGGCUGCGCGUCAGCGAGCUGAAGGAGGAGCUCGGCCGCCGCGGCCUCGACACCCGCGGGCUCAAGGCCGAACUGGCCGGGCGGCUGCAUGCGGCGCUAGAAGCUGAGCAGGCCCGAGGAGGCUCGGGCUCUGGCUCGGACGGAGAGCCGCUCUCUGACGGACACUAUGGCAUCCGUGACAACACUCGCCAAGACAACCGGCAAGGAUAUCAGUCUUUUGAGCAUUUCAAUAUUAAACAGGAGAACGAAUUGGGUUACGAGCGUGUGCCUGUAAGCCAAGAUCGAUCAGACAUGAAGACAGAAAUAAAGGAAGAGGAGGCCCCUCCCAGCCACAACAUGCCGGCGUCUGGUUACAACGCACCCCCCUCUAACUACAGUUCUUCCGUUUCUGGCUACAAUACCUCGGCUUCCUCUUACAAUGCGCCCUCCUCCGGGUAUAACACCUCAGACUCAUAUCAGCCCUGGCAACAGCAGCAGCAGCAGCAGCAGCCACAGCAAGGCCACAAGAGGACAUUUGACGAGUCCAGGGGGCGCGGGUAUUACGAAUAUCGCGAGGAUAAAAGGGGCCGAUCUCCUCAGCCGCCCGCGGAAGACGAUGAGGACGAUUUUGACGACACCCUGGUGGCCAUCGAUACCUAUAAUUGCGAUCUCCAUUUCAAAGUGGCCCGCGAUCGAUACAGUGGAUACCCUCUGACCAUCGAAGGAUUUGCUUACCUCUGGUCAGGCGCACGAGCGACGUACGGGGUGCGGCGUGGAAGGGUGUGCUAUGAGAUGAAGAUCAACGAAGAGAUCUCCGUCAAACACCUUCCUCCCACUGAACCAGAUCCUCACGUUGUGCGUAUUGGCUGGUCACUGGAUUCAUGUAGCACUCAGUUAGGUGAAGAGGCUUUCUCCUAUGGCUACGGAGGCACCGCAAAGAAAUCCACCAGUUCCAAGUUUGAAAAUUACGGUGAGACCUUUUCCGAGAACGACGUCAUCACUUGUCUCGUGGACUUCGAGUGUGGCGACGAUGUUGAAAUGUCCUUCAUGAAGAAUGGGAAGUGGCUAGGGGUGGCCUAUCAAGUACGGAAGGAGAAUUUGGGAGGGCAGGCCCUGUUCCCUCAUGUCCUGGCGAAGAACUGUGCCAUCGAGUUCAACUUCGGCCAAAGGGAAGACACCUUCUUUCCGAUUCCACCAGGAUUCACCUUCAUACAGCAUCUCCCCCUGUCCGAGAGAGUUCGGGGCACAAUUGGACCAAAGAACAAAAGGGAAUGUGAAAUCUUGAUGAUGGUGGGGUUGCCUGCCGCUGGGAAGACUACGUGGGCCAUUAAGCAUGCCGCAGCCAAUCCAGCCAAGAAGUAUAAUAUUUUGGGAACAAACGCCAUUAUGGACAAAAUGAGGGUAAUGGGACUCCGACGGCAGCGCAAUUACGCCGGCCGCUGGGACGUUCUCAUCCAGCAAGCGACACAGUGCCUGAACCGCCUAAUCCAGAUUGCAGCACGGAAGAAGCGGAAUUACAUCCUGGAUCAGACAAAUGUUUAUGGGUCGGCCCAGAGACGAAAAAUGCGUCCUUUUGAAGGUUUUCAACGCAAAGCCAUCGUCAUUUGUCCCACGGACGAGGAUUUAAAAGAUCGGACAAUAAAGCGCACCGAUGAAGAGGGGAAGGACGUGCCCGAUCACGCGGUGUUAGAAAUGAAAGCCAACUUUACCCUGCCGGAAUCUGGCGAUUUCCUCGACUCGGUGGUUUACAUCGAGGUGCAGCGGGACGAGGCGGAGAAGCUGGUGAGGCAGUACAACGAUGAAGGCAAGAAAGCUGGCCCGCCUCCCGAAAAGCGGUUCGACAGCUGGGGCGGAGGAGGAGGAGGGGGCGGCGGCGGAUUCCGCGGCCGAGGAGGCGGAGGAGGAUUUCAGCGCUUUGACAAUCGAGGGCCGCCCAUGAGCAGUCGGGGCGGCUUCCAGAACCGAGGAGGUGGUGGCGGCGGAGGCGGCGGAGGAGGAGGCAGCGGAGGAGGAGGAGGCGGCUACAGAGGCGGUGGUGGAAGUGGCGGCGGAAUUGGAGGUGGUGGCGGCGGAAGUGGAGGCUUCAACCGAGGCGGCUACAACCAGAACCGCUGGGGGAGUGGAAACCGAGACAACAAUAACAACACCCGAGGCAGCUACAAUCAGAACAACCAACAGCAGAGCAGCUACAGCCCGGCACGCGACCAGAAUCCUUACAAGAGCAGCAGCAUUGCUCCUGCUCCCCCUCCUCCAGCCAUGGGCCCUGCCACCAACCCCCCACCGGUGUCGUACAAUCAAGGGGCACAGCAAAGCUACAGCCAGCCCUACAGCCCGCCUUCCAGCUACAGCCAGGGGGCCUACACUGCUCCCAGCUACAACUACGGAAGUUACGGCAGUUACAGCCAAAGUUACACCCAGCCUCCUCCUCCUCCUCCGCCAGCCCCAACCCCACCAGCCUACAGUCAGCCCAACUACAGCCAGUACCAACAGUACACCCAACAAUGGAAUCAAUACUAUCAAAACCAGGGUCAGUGGCCUCAGUACUACGGCAACUACGACUACGGGAGCUACACGGGCACCUCGCAGGGAGGCUCAAGCACACAGUGAUAGCUCGGGAGGGUGUUGUUUCUCCACCCCAGGGAAAAAGGAACAGCACAGUGACGGGCAUUUCUGAAUCUUGAGAGCAAGAGAGAGAGAGAGAGAGAGAGAUCCAGAAGAGGGAAGUUGGGCGUUUCCACCCGCUUCCCCUCUCUAAGAGUUCUUGAGGAUGGUUGGGUUUUUACUUGUACAGCUAGGCAUGUUAUGUCCUUUCUACCAUCCUUCAUGAGGAAAGUUACAUGGUUCCUUGUUGAAGAUCAUUUAGCUCCCCCCACUUCUUUUUCUUCUUUUUAAGAUUUGUUUUAUUCCGUAAGAAGCUAGGGUCUUCUUCAGUGUUCAUAAAAUUGUACUUUUUUAAAAAAUCCUUUUAGACCAGGACCCAUCCAGGUAUCUAAACUUCCUACAGAAGUUGGGGGGGGGGGCAGCAUUGGAAGGGGCUCCCGUAGGAUUUACCGCUAUUCUCUCCAGGGGUGUCUGCAGGGGGUGGUCCAGUUAAGAGAGUGGUCACAGUGCGCAUUUUUUAAAAAAAAAAAAGGAUUUGGGUCAUGUGGCUAUCCUGUUUGUGGACCGCAUCCUGCAGACUCCCUCCCAAAUUCUCCCCUUUCCACUCCACCUCCACCCUAUCUGCUGGUGACUAUAAAUUCCACACCUUUUGGGAACUUCUUGCAGUUUGGUGUCACCUGUCUUUGAGGUGUUUUUUUAAUCUGUUUCUUUUUUUCUUUUGCAAAGAACCAUUAAAACCGUAGGGGAGGAGAAAUGGCUAUCUUACAGUAAUUAUGAUUUUGUUUUUGUUUUGUUUUCAAAGAAAUAUUUUUUUCCCCUGUAGCUUUUUACUGUGGGUCAGUAGCUGUUAAUAUUUUCAUCAAGAUAACAAUUCUGUUAGUUCAGUACAGGAGAGGAUUUUUUUUUUAAAAAAAAAAGGGGGGGGAGAGAGAAUCAUCUUAAAUGUGUAACUUUUUAUACGACGUUUCAGUUUCUGUAACUCUGAACAUGCUUUGUGUUGAGUUGAAUUGUAACAGCUUUUUGUAUUUGGAGAAAAAAAGAAUGAAUAUUGAACUUUAAA